GCUGGUGGUGAGUGUGGGAAUGGGUCCAGAAAAAGAAGACAUCCUGGGGGAGGAAAUGGGAAGAGAGAAAAGCAGUUUUCCCCCCUGAAUUCCCAAUGUCCAUCUCUGGAGUGCUGAUUGUCUGUGCCUUGUGAUUCAAUGUGUUUUGCAACCAAUGAGGUGGUGGAAUCCCUGUGCCAUCUCUCCAGGUACUCUCCAGGCUCCAGUCCUGGUCCUUAACGCAUCCAGUGCUCAGGAAGGAGAAGUUGUCCUGGCUCGAUGUGUCUUUCAGAAGCAGUUUCCUGCUACCCGAAUUGUCUUGUGCAAGGAUGGGUUGGAGGUGUACAGUGUGAAGGUCCAAGAGGGAAGGGUCAUGAGCUCCAUGCUGCUGAACAUCACUGAGAGAAGUGCGGGGACAUACACAUGUUUCUACCAGCAGAGGAGCACGAAAAACUGGCUGAGGAGCUCUCCCCUCAAUUCUCCCUUGGACCUGCAGGUCACAGGCCAUGUGUCCAGAUCCACGGAAGAGACAGCACAUGCCGACCCAUACACCCCGUUGGGCCCCAUAGUCAUCGCUGUGGCAUCAGUGGCUGUCACCCUGCUCCUGUCUGCAGCCUCCUGCUGGAUCAUCAAGAAAGGUGCUUGUGGGAAGAGAUGCUGUAGUGCUGAGGGAUCUCCUGCCGACCACGAUUCUUACUAUGUCAACGUGGAUGAAAUGAGGAGAGUGAAGGUGAGUUGUGCUCUUGCAGAGGCCUGCAGGUUGAGCGUGCAUUUUUUUGUCUGCAGAAGGCAUGGCUUUGGAGGGGGAAUGCCAGCUCAGUUGUCACGGUGGCGGUGCUCUGGCUGCAGUUCCCCUCCUGCCACAUUCCCAUGGGGAAUGCUGCAUGGCCGUGCUGUGGGACCACUGUAAUUCCUUGUUUGUGUUUUGAAGGCCUCUGGAAUACACAGCUCUGAAGUUUGUACAUAGGACAGAAUGUCAGAAAGUGAGAGGCGAUGCACCCCUUUCUCUGCAAGAAGAAGGGGGAAAGCACAGCAGAGGUGACACUUAUCAAUAAAAGCAUGAAAUCCUUCUGCAUCAGAA